AUGCCGUCCGCAGUUGCAGCCGCCAUGCCUCAACAGGCACCCAAAACUAAGAAGCCGGUCUUGACCAUCAACGCAACCAACCUUUCAAAGCCAACCACACCCAACUUCAACAUCCCCAAGAUUGUCAUAACUCCUCCUGACGAGCCCGCUCGCUACUCGAGCCCUCUCCCAGAACAGCGAUUCGAAAAGGCCGUCCUCUUCGUUCCCGUCAAGACCGAAGAGCUUGGAUGGGAGGAGCAUGGUCUAUACUGGAACGGCACCUAUGCCUACCCAGUGCACCAGAUCUACGACCGUGAAGGUCAGCCCAUCGGUCGUCGACGCAAGGGUCCUCAAGGCUACCGCUUUGAGGAGUACUACGAGGAUAAGAAGCCUCGUCGUUCCUCAUCCUCGCAGCAGACUUCCGCCUCCGAUGAGAUGGAGGUCGAGGAAGCCGUCGUCAGACUGGACGAGCCAGCUCCUGCACCUGCUAGGAUAGAAGAGAGGAACGACAAGCUCAACCGCUCGAUCGAAGAGGAGCGGAACCUUGAAAAGGAGAAGCUUGCAGAGUUGCAAGUUGAGGACGACGAGAAUCAAGACAUGCCCAGCCCUUCAAGCCCAACACUAUCGGUCACUGAGACCGAAGACUCGGCAUCGUUUUGUGAUGACUCGAGCUCGUUAUGGUCAAGGAAUGAGGCAGAGUCGGAUGACGAGCAAAGUGUCUGCACAUCCCCUGGUAUCAUGUCUCCUCCCAUGGGCGUCGACGAAGAUUUCCAAUCCGAGACUCUCAGAAAGAAGUUGUCUGAUCUCCCCGCACCAUCAUCUGGAAACGAGGCAACCAAGACGUCAUGGAUUUCACUCGGCACCCUUCCUUCAUCAUCAGCUUCCUCCUCAUCACCUUCGCAAUCACUACCAACAGCUCGAGUGAAAAGCAAGAAGUCACUCGAGUUCUCGAAAAACAAUCGAGCAACCUCGACCCUCAUCCCAGACUCGCAUAGAGAUUCUCGUAGACAAAGCACCCCUUCUGCCUACACAUCCAUCAUUCAUGAUCUCACCACUUCUCCAUUCGCCUCGUCCUCAGCAUCCACACCGUUCCGAUCAGCAACAUUGCCAAGAUCAAGUUCGAGAAGCGGAUAUAACCAGUCGAAAGUUGGGGGAAGCAUUUUCCGUCCACCUCCUCCACAUAUCGCUUCUCCCUCUGCAGAGAAUACUGGGUCGUUGGGAAGAAGGUCUUCAGCAUCGCCAUUGUUCAGGAGAGGUGGAGAUGUGGACUUUUCGGCUGGGUGGAACUUUGAAAACCACACAGCAAAAAUGUCUAAUUGUUGGGGCGAUAGUUUUCCCGAUCACUACUGA